CCUAUCUCGUCUCGCUAGGGUAGCUCCACCGCCGACAGCGACGCGUCUCCGCAUCCAGCGCCAAAGCCGCCGCCGCCUGUUCCCGUCCUCCCCGCCGUUCUAAUCGACCCCGCCGCCGACGACCUCGACCCGUCCACCUCCCCCUCCUGUUCGUUUGCAUCUCCAAGGAGGUCUUCCACUCUUCCAGCGACGCCGGCGGCGACCAGAAGGGCCAGCAGGUCCUCGCCGACGACUAAGAUCCGCCCCUUCGUUGAGAUUCUUUGCGGAUUCACAGAGGGCUCCUCGCCAUGUCUUGGGCGGCAAUCGAGAAUGAUCCUGGUGUUUUUACCGAGCUGUUGCAACAAAUGCAGUUGAAGGGUCUCCAAGUUGAUGAACUCUACUCACUUGAUCUUGAUGCCCUCAAGGAUCUUCAGCCAAUUUAUGGGCUUAUAAUUCUGUACAAAUGGCGCCCUCCAGAGAAAGAUGAGCGUCCUGUUAUCAAGGAUUCAGUUCCAAAUCUGUUCUUUGCCAAUCAGAUAAUUAAUAGUGCAUGUGCAACGCAAGCUAUCAUUUCUGUUCUGUUGAACUCUUCUGGCAUCACCCUUAGUGAUGACCUCAGAAAGCUGAAGGAUUUCGCAAAGGACUUGCCGCCAGAGCUCAAAGGAUUGGCUAUAGUGAAUUGUGAAAGUAUCCGCAUGACCAGUAACUCAUUUGCAAGGUCAGAAGAGCCCGAGGAACAGAAAGCAUCUAGUAAGGAUGAUGAUGUCUACCAUUUCAUUAGCUAUGUUCCUGUUGAUGGUGUCCUGUAUGAGCUUGAUGGACUGAAGGAAGGACCUAUUAGCCUGGGAAAAUGCCCAGGUGGUAUCGGUGAGAUGGGGUGGCUGAAGAUAGUGCAGCCUGUCAUUCAGGAACAUAUUGAUAAGUUCUCUCAGAAUGAAAUAAGGUUCAGUGUCAUGGCUAUCACAAAGAAUCGGAAGGAUAUGUACAUCGUAGAGCUCAAGGAACUUCAGAGGAAGAGGGAGAGCCUCUUGUCACAAAUGGGUGAUCCUUCUGCCAAUCGCCAAAGGCCAUCUGUUGAGCGGUCACUCGCAGAGGUUGCUGCUCAGAUUGAGGCUGUGACCGAGAAGAUCAUAAUGGAGGAAGAGAAGUCAAAGAAGUGGAGGACAGAGAACAUUAGAAGGAAGCACAACUACGUGCCUUUCUUGUUCAAUUUCCUUAAGAUCCUCGAGGAGAAGCAGCAGCUGAAGCCCCUGAUAGAGAAGGCAAAGCGGAGUUCUCACAGCCGAAACCCCAAGUGAAAUCUGCGCUGUAAAAUUUUAUCGUUCUGAUUGUUUCUUAUCGUGUAGAGAUAUGACCCUGACUGGCUUUUGUGGUCUUGUGGCUGACUGGCGUUGUUUUCUUGCCGAAUGUGAUUGUAGUUCUGGUCCUAGAUAGGACAUGCAUUUUGCAGUCUUAGUAUAUUCAGGCAAAUCUUAAGAUUUAUGCAGGGGAAUACCCUGACGUUUAUCAGAA